AUGAAGAGGAUGCGAGAGCCAUCUGAAAGAAAGUCUAAGAAGAAAGCUCAGAAGCUGGGAGAAACUUUUGCAUCUAGACCUCUUGUGCCUCUGGUCUCCUCCUCAUCAUCUCCAAGUAAGUCUCUACCUCCUAACUCUCCGUCUUUACACUUAAGGCAACUAGCUUCUUCCCUUCCUCAACCCUCACCUGUUUACACACCCUCUGAAACCACAUCCUCCACCACAAAGCCCUCUGAAACACCUACAUCUAACACAUCAUCCCCUCCCCUUCAAAAAUUUAACCUCACCACCACAACUCUGCCCAUAUCUGAAGCCCAAAUGUUCAAUAAACCCAUUUCACCACCUUCCUCAACACCUUCAUCCCCACCUUACUAUACCAUCUCCUCUGACUCUGAGCCAUCUGACCCCCAAUCUCCCACUCUAGCUCAACUUCAGGCUCGUGCCCUUUCCGCCCACAACAAACCUGAACCAAAACCAAACAUUCCAUUACCAUCCGAACAACCACCAGUACCUCCAUCUGAACCACACAUCGAAACUCACACUGAAAACCCAAUUACCCAUCAUUCUGAACCUCCCACUAAAACCAUCUUCACACCACCAAAACCUACAUCUCCAACCUCUGAACCCAAACCCACCUUUCCCACCCUAGAAGAAGCAGUAACCUUAAUUGUUGAGUCUUCAGUGGAGAAGAUCAGAUCACUAUAUAAAAACUCUGUUCGAAACGACUUCAUCAGAGAAGCUGGAGAGAGGUUGCAGGCACGUUUGGCCAGAGAGACAAAAGAGAGAUCUAGAAGAGAAGCUAAAGAGAAGGCUAACCUGGAGGAAGAACAAAGAGCAAGAGAAGCUGCAGAAAAGGCUGCUGAAGCUGAAGCCAAAGCAAAGGCUGAUGCUGAAGAAGCAAGACGCAUAGCUGCAGAAGAAGUUGUUAAGGUUAGAAAUGACACUCUGACUCAAGGGGAUAAAUAUCACUCUGAUUUUGCUCCUCUAGUGUUGAAGACUCUGGAACAGCUACAAAAGGAGCAACAGAUUGUGAGAGCGAGACUGGAUCAACAGGACUCUGUCAACUCCAACAUUCAAAACCUGCUGACUCAGUUGCUUCAGAGGAUGCCACGUCCACCGAACCCUUAG